UUCAUUUGAACGUAAAUUUAGUAAUAGUCAUUAAUAAAUUAAAUAUGAAUUAAAUAUUCAAAUAUUAUAAAUUACUCAAAAAGAAUUGUAUUAUUCUGCAAUCAAAAAAACGCAUUUCAUUUUUUCGUGAAAAUAGAAGCAAUACAGAGAAAUAUAACCCUUUGUUCAAAAAAUAUUUGUGUCUAUUCACAACACAAAGCGCGUGAAUGGUAAUUAAUAAUAGUCCAAAAUUGAAAGGGUUUUGAUAAUAGAACUUAUGCUUUAUGGAGUUGGGCAUCUUAUUCCAUUUUUUUUUUGAAUUGCUUUAGUCUGGAGCAGAAAAAGAUAUAUAAAGAUAUUUGAAUAUAAAAAAAGAAAAGAUAUAGAUAAAAAAGUAGACAAAUAAGACGUAUCAUUUUAUAUAGAGUAGUGAGGGAUUAUGGGACAAAAAAUACAUCCGCUUGGUUUCAGACUUGGUACAACUCAAAGUCAUGAUUCUAUUUGGUUUGCACAACCAAGAAUUUAUUCCGAGAAUCUAAAAGAAGAUAAAAUAAUACGAGAUUGUAUCAAGAAUUAUAUACAAAAAACGAUAAGACUAUCCCCCGGUGUUGAUUUCGAGGGAAUUGGACGAAUAAAGAUUAAAAAAACAAUCGAUUGGAUUCACGUAAUAAUCUAUAUCGGACUUCCAAACUUAGGAAUAGAGGAGAAGUCUUUAAUAGAGGAUAAAAUUGAAGAAUUAAAAACAAAUGUGCAAAAAAAAAUUAAUUGUGUGAACCGAGAAAUCAAAAUAGGAAUUACAAGAAUUCCAAAUGUUUAUAGAGACCCUAAUAUUCUUGCAGAAUUUAUAGCCGGACAAUUAAAGAAUAGAAUUUCGUUUCGUAAAGCAAUGAAACAAGCUAUUGAAUUAGCUGAAGAGGCAGAUACAAAAGGAGUUCAAAUACAAAUUGCGGGACGUAUCGACGGAAAAGAAAUUGCACGUGUCGAAUGGAUCAGAGAAGGUAGGGUUCCUCUAUAAACCAUUCGAGCUAAAAUUGAUUAUUGUUCCUAUCCAGUUCGAACUAUUUAUGGGGUAUUAGGAAUCAAAGUUUGGAUAUUUCUAAACAACGACUAAUAAACUUUUCUUUAUAACGUUCCAUCUUUUGAUAAAACAAAAAAUGACGAAUUCUUACUACAUUCUGAUUCUGAAAGAAUAAAUGAAACAUUUUAUAAGAUUGAAUCAAAAAAAAAAUUAAUAAAUCAUUUUAUAAAUAAGGAGUUGCUAUGCUUAGUGUGUGACUCGUUGGUUUUUUUUAGAGUAGUUAAAUUUCUACAAAAAUUCGUAGAAUUCAUUACUAAAGAAUAAAUAACCUACUCAUCGCUUCCCAUUAUCUAGAUAUAAGGAACCGCCAAAAAUCGAAAAUCAAAAUAAGGAUCGAUGCGGUGCUUUAAUUAUAGCAACUGAAAUAAAAAAAAUCAGAUUAUUAGUUGUAAAGCAAUAAGAAUAUACAGAUAAAUGAAGGGGUGAAAGAAAGAUAGAAAAAGGAUAUCAAUGAUAUAGAAUUCUACUAUGUAAAGGUCUAUGGGUCAUCUCAUAAAAAGUAGUGUAAUAAAGCAUCAAUAUUCAAAAUUGAUAGAAUAAAUGAAUCAAGAGCCACGAAUCAAGAAAACUGAGAAGGUUGAUUCAACAAAAAAGAAUAAAAUAAGAUUCAAAUUUCAAAAAAAAAA